AUCUGGCAGAGGAUUGUGAAUGCACUGAGAUUCCAAAACCAAAAAGUCUUGGAGAAGCCUACAAAGACCGUCGCCUUAAACACACAUAUACACACGCACAAACAAACACACACACACACACACUGAAGAACUACAGGGACCCAGAUAAAUGGCUGACAAACAGAUCAGUUUGCCUGCCAAGCUAAUAAACGGCGGUGUUGCUGGACUGAUCGGCGUUACGUGUGUGUUCCCCAUUGAUCUGGCCAAGACUCGCCUUCAGAACCAGCAGAAUGGAUCCCGCCUCUACACCAGCAUGUCCGACUGCCUUAUUAAGACCAUACGGUCAGAGGGAUACUUCGGCAUGUACAGAGGUGCUGCAGUGAACUUGACUCUGGUCACCCCAGAAAAAGCCAUCAAGCUGGCGGCAAAUGAUUUCUUCAGGCAUCACCUCUCUAAAGACGGGCAGAAACUCACUCUCCUGAAAGAGAUGCUGGCUGGCUGCGGUGCAGGAACCUGUCAAGUCAUCGUUACGACACCGAUGGAGAUGCUGAAGAUUCAGCUGCAAGACGCCGGAAGAAUCGCGGCUCAGAGGAAGCUCAUGCCUCAGGCUGUGACCCCCGGGGGCCCCGUGGAGAUGAAGUCCCCCACUGCUAUGCAACUCACCAGACAACUGCUGAAGGAGAAGGGCAUCGCGGGGCUCUACAAGGGCCUGGGGGCCACACUGCUCAGGGACGUCCCGUUUUCCAUCAUUUAUUUCCCUCUGUUUGCUAAUCUGAAUAAUCUGGGGAAGAAAGGAGGAGAUGGUCCUGCACCCUUUUACGUCUCCUUCAUCUCGGGCUGCAUUGCGGGAAGCACAGCCGCAGUCGCUGUUAACCCUGUAGAUGUGAUCAAGACCAGACUGCAGUCACUAACACGAGGCAGUGAAGAGGACUCUUACAGUGGGGUGACGGACUGUAUCAGGAAAAUUUUACGCAACGAAGGUCCCGCUGCGUUCCUGAAGGGGGCGUACUGUCGAGCUCUGGUCAUCGCGCCGCUCUUCGGCAUCGCUCAGGUGGUCUAUUUCCUCGGCGUGGGUGAAUUCAUCUUGAGUUAUCUACCCAAACGAAACAACUAACCAACCACCCCCACUGCCUCCCAUCACGCAUUGCACCAGUCAGUGUCCCGCCCCUCCCCCAUCUCGCAGAAGGAUCAAAGCGUGGACCAGUCAGACUGAUUUUAAUCGUUGUUGUCGUGCCGUUUUUGUUCAAAGCGCCGUGUAUUUUUUAUCUGAAUGUGGUGGUUUUAAUACUGAGCGUAAAGUGAGAUUGUGUUUGCCAAGCUGCCUGUUUUAUUUUUGUCUCGUCCCGUCUCACGCUGAGGCGAAGUUAUAUCCUUUUAUGAGUGUUUAAUCUCGAGCCAUUGUCCGAUCAUUGGGCAUCUCAUGACAUUUAAAGCGUAAAAUCAGCGAUCAAUCGUAACUCGUGCUCUGGUUAAUUAUGUACUAAAAUAUCAAGCUCUUUUUUAAUUGCUAAUUUCCUGGAAGAACAGGGCAUGUAAUGUUGAUUAGCUUGCCCUCUGUAAGGCGUCGUUUUUGUCUUUAUUACGGCCAGCUCCGAACGCCUUUCCUCUGGGCGUCGAAUGACUUUGAGAAAAAGUGUGGAAAAGACACACAUCCUUGAGUGUACUAUAAAGUCCAAAGUUUCUGACCUGAGAACAGCAUAUCUUUACGCCUUAUCGAGGCUUGUGUUUCAAAAUGACACGUCGGCUUCAGAGGUUAAUUUGAUUAAUUUCUUUGAAGAGCUGAGGGGAGACGUAUCAGUGAACGAAAAAUGUGAAUUAGACUUGAAAGCGUUUCUCAAAUUGACUGAAUCCAAAUGGAAAUGCCUGCAAGAAGUGGCCAUUAAAACAUCCGGAAAGUUCCCUCACUCUGGGAGAUAAUCGGUUUGGAUUAAGAGAUUGGUUCUGCAUGUCCACAGUACAUUUUUUGGCUCAAAUCUGUUUCAAUCUGAAUAGAAAAAUAGCAUUAAAUAUGAGAUAAAACCUCAUUUAAACCACUUUAAUAGGGUGGUUUGAAGUUUAAUUAAAAAAUUAGAUAUGCAAAGUAGAUUUUUUUUGUUCCUUAUUUAGGCCGGGACACGUAUGUAAUGCCAUGGAAAGUAUGCUUUAGUUUCUAAUGAAAAAUCUAACGUGCAAGUGGUUGUUAUCUUUAAAUAGAUCUAAUCUAAAACAUUGUCUAUUUAAACAUUUUAUUUAUAUAAUUAAAUAGCAAAUUAAUAGAAAGUACAUGAAUAUUUAUAACUGUCAUGACUGUAAAAUGAAUAUGCAAAUUUAAACAAAUACAUUUGUUUUUCAAAAUAUUCAAAACGAAAUAAAAACUUAUCGAAAAUUAAAUAAAAGCUCAUUUAAAAUAUAGCAAAACAAUAACUCUGUAUCUUAGAUGCUUAACCAAAUAUCACGUCACGUAAUAAAUACUCAUGAGCAUAUCAAAUAAGUUCAUAUUGUGUCCCACCCACUGAAAACCCGACUCGGCUAGUUAAAUAUUCCAGUUAAGAUGCUAGCUUGAAAAAGUUUUCACCCCCUCAAGCAGUUUGUAGUUUCACAUCCGUCAGAUAAACGCCAAAGUAACACGCAUAUCGAUUGUAAUGCCUGUCCUGUAAAUCUGCGAUGGGCUAUGCUACAGAUUAUGAAUAUUAAUGCAUUGGCUGUAUCAUUUUAUCUGACAGCUUCUAAUAGUCAUUCCAGUUUUAUCAAGAAGCUAAUAAGCACACGUUCCAGAUUUUGGGCCGAAGUCUGAAAAUGUAUUGAUAAUCCUGAUUAUAUCGACGUAUAUCUCACUAUAUAUUUGUAUGAAUAGUUUUAUCAGUGUCUGAUUGUUUGUGUGAUCUUUGUUGAUUACUGUGUACUGUAUAUAUGCAGAUGAUAUUAUGAAGCGAUUGUUUUUUUUCUUUACGUUUUGUUAUACGAUGGCUUAUUUGCACACCUCCCCGUUAUGUUGUUGGCAUCUGGAAGAGUUAAUAUGCCAGUUUACACACCAUUUGAGCCGAACCUGUAAUGGAUCAGUGUUGGAAUCGUGAGCUUGAUUUUUUUGUGCACUACCAAACGAAACGAACAAAAACUCCCGAACGCUCUCAGGUCUUAGUUCUCGUUUACUUUUUGUGUUUUGCUUCUCGCAGAGGCGUUCGGAUCGAUUUUCAGGCUGUUGUGUAGAGUCAAAGACAAUGUUCUCACUCACAAUAGGUGUGGUCGGCUGGAGUGAGAUAAGCUGGUCUGUGUGUGCAAUCAAGAGUGUUUUUGGCCCAUGCUGACAAACAUUCGAGUCUGUUUCAUACUGCCAAACGAUUCCUGACCAAAAUCCUUGCCUAUAAUACCUCUGUCCCCUUUCCCAGUUUUAGCCUCAGUACACUGACUUUUAUAAACUCGUCCGGUUAAUAUUAACCUGCAGCUGAAUGUACACAACCAAUCGAGUGUUUGAGGUUAGCAUGUUUAUUUAAUUUGAAAGAAAUUGUUAAAGAUUACAGAUUUCAUGAAUAAAAUAAAAUGUGUAGUUAGUAUUGCAAUCUAGAUUUUGGAUUACUAAUUGGAUUACUUUUAGAUUACUUUUGAUUUAACUAGUUUGAACUUGAUUUCUAGGUUUGGUUUUAUGAUUUGAGUUUGAUUAUAUUUAAAUUAUUAAACCGAAAGUAGAAAAAGUAAAUAGAAAACAUAAUUUUGAUUGUAAUGAUACCUUACGCAAUAUCGCCAAGCCCCACAAUGUACUUUAUUAGUCAAAAGUAAUCUAAGAGUAAUCUGAAUGUGACCAAAAAAGGACUUUUCAAAAGAAUAGAAAGAUUUCACAGUGAUGAGCAGAUUAAAUAUUGCAGAUUUCAUGAUAUAAUGUGUAGUUAAUAUUGCAAUCUAGAUUAUGGAUUACUAACCGGAUUACUUUUAGAUUACUUUUGAUUUAACUCAUUUCUAGUAUGGGUUUUAAGAUUUGAAUUUAAUUAAAGUUAUACAUCGAAAAAGAAAAUGGAAAACAACAUUUUGAUUGUAAUAAUACCUUUGGGAAUAUCGCCUAGCCCUAUAAUGUACUUUAUCAGUCAAAAGUAAUCUAAAAGUAUUCUAAAAGUGACCAAAAAAAGGUAUUUGAAGUUGAUUUAACAGAUUAUGGAUUACUUAUUGGAUUACUUUUAGAUUACUUUUUCCAUUUCUAUUUUUGGUUUUAUGAUUUGAUUUUGAUGGUAGUUUAAAUUAUAAAACCAACAGUAGAAAAAAGAAAUUGGAAAACAUAAUUUUGACUAUAAUAAUACCUUCUGCAAUAUCGCCUAUUCUUAUAAUGUACUUUAUCAGUCAAAAAUAAUCUAAAAGUGACUUUUAAAAAGAAUAGAAAGAUUUCACAGUGAUGGGUAGAUUAAAGUUGACAAAUGUCAUGCUAAAAUUUGUAGUUUAUAUUAGGUCUAGAUUAUGGAUUACUAAUUGGAUUACUUUUAGAUUACUUUUCACUUAACUAAUUUCUAGCUUUGGUUUAUGAUCUGAAUUUGAUUAUAAUUUAAAUUAUAAAACCAAAAUUACAAAAAGAAAACAUAAUUUUGAUUGAAAUAACACCUUCUGAAAUAUUUCCUAGUCCUAUAAUGUACUUUAUUAGUAAAAAAGUAAUCUAAAAGUCACCAAAAGGACUUUUAAAAAGAGUAGAAAGAUUUCACAAUGAUGAGUAGAUUAAAGAUUACAAAUUUCUGGAUAAAAUUUGUAGUUAAUAUUGAAAGCUAGAUUAUGGAUUACUAAUCGGAUUACUUUUAGAUUACUUUCUUAUUUUUAGUUUUGGUUAGUUUAUGAUGAAAUCAACAGUAGAAAAAAGAAAAUGGAAAACAUAAUUUUGAUUGUAAUAAUACCUUCGGCAAUAUCGCCUAGCGGUAUAAAAUAUACUUUAUCAGUCAAAAGUAAUCUAAAAGUAAUCUUAAAGUGUUGAAAUUAAUAAAUGAAGCAUUAAUUAAUAAAAAAAUAAAUAAAAAAACACAUUUAACUAUGCAUCACAAGAAUAAAUUACAUUUUUAGACAUGUUCAAUAAUAAAAAACAGAGAACAUUUAAAAACAUUACCAAAAAAAAUCAUACUAGCCUCAAACAUUUGAUCUGUGUACAGUCACAAGUCACUAAUCAAUACAACAAUGACGCUAAUGACCAUUAUCUUGAUGUCCAGAGGGUUUUAUGGUGCUGUCUAACAUCUCAAGAGCUUUACGCCAUAUAAAAACUGUUCAGAUGCUCUUAUUUAUUAUUUUUUAAGGUCAAAGGUAGGACUUCACCAGUGUAUAACCCUUCUGACCGGUUACCUCACAUAUUAUUAUUAUUAUUAUUAACUGUCUAAAUGAAUGCAAACGGUGUUAAAAUGGAAGUGCGUUUCAUGCCUGCUUUAAAUCGGACCUUAAUGACCUUGUUUUGCCUUUUUUGUGUUCGUUUUUACCUAAACAUUCCAAAUGCUGCGACAUAUCUUAAGAUCUGUGAUUAUUUUCAUGAUUGUGAUGACAAUUUUAUGUUGUUUUGCUUUAAUUUGUGAUGAUUUAGUCUUAUUUAGGUGAUUGUUUUCAAUCGUACCUCUGAUUUGCGUCAUGUUUUCUCAGCUGUGAACUUGUUGUGUUUGCGUAUCGUGUGUGUGUGAGGGGUCAAUUGUGCGCACGGCUGUAAGCGCGUUCGUUUUUCGUCGUUUAUGUAACACUAAAGUGUGUUUUUCACUCUCUCCACCAUCUGUCCUUCUUCCCUUCGCUGUACUUUAAGGAAUUAGACUGCAGGUGGCAUUAAAAAAAUAAAAACACACACACACACACCAAAAAUAGAUGAUGAUUUUUACAAUCCAAGCACAAAAACAGAUCUGGCACAAGCGCAAUACACACACACGCCCCUUUGAUAUCGUAUAAUAUUCAAUAUACAACACUUAUUAUGAGCAACAUAUUGCUUGUUUGUUUCGGCAAACCUGAGAAUGUAUCUUUGAAUCGUAUAAUCGAUGUAAAAUGAUAGUAUUCAGUCUUAUUUAGUAGUAAAUUAGAUGUUAGGUAUUUGUGAUUUUACUUUUCAUGCAAUGAAGACUAAUAUAUAUAGAAGGACCAGCACAUAUUUAUGCAAUAAUUUAGAAAUAAUCUGAAUAAAAAGGCUGAACCUCAUGAAAUCAUGCCCAUGCCAUAUUUCAGUCCUUAAAAAAAUCGACUAAAUAAAUGUAUUACUGUUAAAUAUGAUUAAUAUUUGCUUAUUACUAUUUUCAUGACUAUUUUCAGCUACUGUAAUACAAAAUGUAGCUAAAUUGUCCUGAAUAAUAAACCCUAAAUAUGUGGUUAUUAUUCAUUAAUAUUUACAUUUGCUAUUGAAUACCUUCACAUUAUGACUGAUACUGUAAUACAGUAUUUUUAGAUUUAUUGUCAUAUUAAAUUGCUAAAAGACAACACAACAUAGAUUUAUAUUAUACAAUCAUUUUU